AUGUCAGCCGAUGCGGAACUAUCGUCCAUCCUGAACCGUCGCCAGCAGAUCAACGAAGCAUUGGACAAUGGACAGGCGGUAAAGCCCACGUUCAAAGUGGUCAACAUCUACACCGAGUUUCACGAGUUCUCGCGGAAGGAAAUCAAGGACUACCAGGCCACCUUCAGCAAGUACGAUGUCGGUAAUGAUGGAUAUCUCGAUCUGGCCGAGUUGAAGAUCAUGAUGGAAAAGCUGGGCGCUCCACAGACGCAUCUCGGCCUGAAAGGCAUGAUCGCGGAGGUGGACGAAGACAAGGAUGGGAAGAUUUCGUUCCGCGAGUUUUUGCUCAUCUACCGUAAGGCACAUGCCGGUGAGCUCAUUUCCGAUUCCGGGCUCGGCCAGUUGGCCCGCCUGACGGAGAUCAACGUGGACGAGGUGGGUGUCGGUGGGGCGAAGAGUUUCUUCGAGGCCAAGAUCGAACAGCAGCUCCGGACGAACAAGUUCCACGACGAGAUCCGGCAGGAGCAGGAAGAACGGCGCCGCAUGGAGGAGGAGCGUAUCGUGCGACGGCAACAGUUCCAACAGCGGGCGGCCGUUUUCCAGUAG